AUGGAGACUGACGGGUUCUGGGACAUCAUUGUCACAUCUCUUCAAGAUGUUUAUAAUGCUAAUGGAUCCCUAGCAUUUGCUGCCAUCAAACCAGACGACAUAUCAUCAAUGCUGACUGAGGAGUUGGAAAGAUUACGAGAAGAGAUUAUGGAUCACAAGGCAAAUUUGGGAACAGCAGGUCGUUUGGUCGACACAUGUCUUCAAAACUUGCAAACUUUGCUUAGCCAAUUACAACAGAAAGAAAAGCCUAGACCCACAGGUAAAGGAGCACCACCUAGUGGGAAAUACCACCACGAGGGAAGUUCUUCUUCAGCAGGGAAAGUUUAUAAAAGAGAAACUGGUGGUAAAAGUAAGAUUAAGAGCAAGUCAAAGAAGGAAGGACGUCUGUUUUGGACUUCUAAGUAUAACCCACUGGAGCCAAUUGUGGUUGGAUCUGAAGUUGCUUAUAAACUUAGAAGUCGUCACUUUGAAGAAUGGAUUCAAUGUGAAGUGAUCAAAGUCAUUGGUGAUGGUAUUAAAUUUGAUAUAAGAGACCCAGAACCAGAUGAAAAUAACAAUCCUGGUCAAACGUUUAGAGCUUCUUAUAAGGAAAUCUUGCUUAUUCCUGAUCCAAGUGAUGUUCCUCAAUUGACCAAUUAUGUUUAUGGGAAUAAAGUCCUUGCAAGGUAUCCGGAAACAACUACCUUCUACCCUGCACUUGUUGUUGGGAAUAAGAAAGAUGGCAAUGUUAGACUUAAGUUUUAUGGUGAGGAAGAAGUUAAUAAGGAAACGGAAGUUGAAAGAAGGUUAGUACUUCCAUUUCCAGAGAAGUAA